AUGGCCGCUUCUUGCGCCAUCUGCAAGCAGGAACUCGAAGAUGGCGAGGAGCUCGUCCGUCUGGGUUGCCUGCGCGGGCCUUACCACGAAGAGUGCGUCAACGCGCACGUGCAAGUGCACGGCCUGGACUUCGCCAAUUUUCCAUGCCCAGAGUGCAGGGCCGCGGAACGCCAGCUCCAGUCGAUGGAGGCCGCCAGGUUGCAGCGGCAGCAGGUCGUCAGCAGCAGUGGGUCGUCAGCGGCAGCAGGUCGCAGGCGCACGGCCGUCUUCCGGACCCCCCUCACCCAGGGGGGGGAGCGCAGGAUCACCAGGGAGAGCCGCCGCUCCAGGUCGCCGCCCCCCCGCGUCGUGGCGGAUUCGCCCAUCACGCAGCCCGAGUCGCCCGGUGGGGCCAUCGUCGCGGCCGCGUCGCCCAUUGGCAGGGCCGUCGCCCCGGCCGCGUCGCCCAUUGGCAGGGGGCUGUCGCAGCCCAUAUCCCCAUCGCAGUCUCAGCCGUCGCGGCCGCAAGGCCCUGCCAUCACAGAUGCCGAUUUCGGUUUCACGUUCACUGACAACACGGCGGCUGGCGGCGACGGGGCCCCGGUGCCAGACCCGUGCUUCCGACGGGCCGACGCCGUGCCGAAUGCCGCCGCUUUCCGAACCGCCCUGCAUCCGACGGGCUUAUUCAACGGCUUGCAGGGCGAGCGGGGGGCCCGAGAGACAGCCAAGCAGUGGCUGGGCGAGAUGCUGGCGGACCCUAGGGACCACAAGGAGGUGGGAAUGGAUCCCAGCUUCUCAAUUCGGCUCCUGCUCCCGCGCCCCUUCCGCACAGCAGUCGUCGCGGUGGCGUCGCGCGAGGGCUGGCAGCCCGAAGCGCUCGCGCAAGGUAUCAUGAGCAACGCGGGCUGGUUGGGGCACCACGCCACGGACGACCAGUGCCCGAGGCGGUGCGCCGAGGAGGCGCUGGAGGCAUUGGGGGCCCGGAAUGCGCAGCAGGGCUCCCCGCGGGCGCAGUGCACGUGGCUGCCGCCGGGCAUCCCGCGGGCGCAGUGCGAGAACAGCGCGCUCUGGCGAAGGGAGCUGCUCCGCGCGCGGCCCGCGAGCGCGGCAGCGAAGGUUACUGGCGGCGCGGCCGGCGCGCCUGGCGCCGCGCGGGGCAAGAAGCUUCGGAAGGACGCGCCGGCCAUGCGCGAGCUGCGCGCGAGGCCCGGCGGCGCGGAGGCCGCGGCCUCGGGCGCGAGCCCGGUGCUCGCGAGGGUCGGGGGCAGCGCUGCAGUCAAGACGCUGGAGGAAGGGCACGAUUUCUGGCAGGACGACCUGGACUAUUGCGCAGGUCUUACGAACAGCGCUGUCGACCCUGCGCUGAAGCGGCUCGGCUCGGAGUGCCUCGCGGCCAUGAUCCUGGCGUCUCUGGAGACCUCAGCGCGGAGGCCGCGCUGGAACGGCCGUGCUCCGCACCGCCGAGUGGCGCGAGAGCAGCGGGGCGCCACCGCCCGCGCGCGGCCUCCGCGCCGUGGAGGGCGACAUCACGCUGCGGGACCUGCCCCACGGCGACAAGAUCUUAGAGCACCUUCCGAUGCACGACAGCGGCAGAUCCAUCACCCGCGACCAGAUGCCGUACUCGGUGAGAUGUGUGGGCCUGACCGACGCAGAGGCCCUUUUCGAGGCCGUGACAGAGGAGGACGGGAUUUUAUGGAGUUCUCGGUGAGCACCGCAGAGAUGCGCUUGCUGCGCUUGGAGGCAUACGCCAGCCGCGAAGGCCGCCUGGGGCGCUGCACAAGCAUACAGGACAUGACGUGCCCAGAGGGGAUACUGAAUGUGUGGCUCAGGAACCGAGGUAGGCAGCCAAUGUUGCGGACAAUGUCACACACCAUCGACACGUACUAUCCUGGGAUGCUUGGCAAGGUCCUGCUGAUCAACGCCCCCUGGGCCGUCCACGGUAUCCUGAAGGUACUGUGGCCGGUCCUCCCGGCGCGCAUCGCGGACAAGAUAGAGACGGUGUCCGCGUCCCAGACGCCAGCGAGGUUACGCGAGCUCGUCGACCCCGCGCACCUUCCCUGCUUCCUCGGCGGGGACAUCCCGGACGACGAGUUCGUCCCCAGUCGCAAGGUGCCCUCGCAGGGCAGCGGCGACGAGGAGCUCGAUGGACGGCAGAAGGGCGAGCGAGGGGGCGAGGCACCGCUUCUCAGCCACCAUCCAGAGCCGUUCGUGCCAGGGCGGGGAACGGACGUUGAAGUCGAGCUGGACGGGCACGGGGGGCUGCCAUGA